AUGUCUCGCAGGUUACCGCUGUCGCGCGGUCCUUAUUCCAACCUCACUAUUGGAGUACCCAAGGAAAGCUAUCCUGGCGAACGAAGGGUCGCGAUUACGCCACAGAACGUGAAACUUUUACUCAAGAAAGGCUUCUCGCGCAUUCUCAUCGAGCGUGGAGCUGGAAGUGCUGCGCAGUUUACGGAUGAAGCGCUUGAGCAAGCUGGCGCGCAGACAGUCGAUCGCAGGAAUGUUUUCUCGGAGAGUGACAUCCUGCUCAAGGUCCGGGCCCUUAGUAUCGAUGGAAAAGAUAGCGAAGUGGAUGCCAUCCGAGAGGGCGCUACCGUCAUCUCAAUGCUGUAUCCGAUGCAGAACAAGCCGACCGUUGAUCGAAUUGCUUCCCGCAAGGCCACUGCAUUCGCAAUGGACAUGAUCCCGCGUAUCUCACGAGCGCAAGUUUUCGAUGCACUGUCGUCAAUGGCGAACAUUGCUGGUUACAAAGCCGUCCUGGAAGCUUCCAAUACCUUUGGUCGCUUCUUGACUGGCCAAGUGACUGCUGCUGGAAAGAUCCCUCCUUGCAAGGUCCUCGUAAUCGGUGCCGGGGUCGCCGGACUCAGCGCGAUUGCUACGGCUCGACGUAUGGGUGCCAUUGUUCGUGGUUUCGACACUAGGUCUGCAGCACGUGAGCAGGUCCAAUCCUUAGGUGCAGAGUUCAUCGAAGUCGACAUCGCCGAAGACGGCUCCGGAGCUGGUGGCUAUGCCAAAGUCAUGUCCAAGGAGUUCAUCGAGGCGGAGAUGAAACUAUUCUAUGACCAGUGCCGAGAGGUCGAUAUCGUCAUUACCACUGCUCUAAUCCCAGGCAAGCCCGCACCGAAGCUUAUCACCAAGGCCAUGCUCGGCGCAAUGAAACCCGGCUCCGUCAUCGUGGAUCUAGCGGCUGAAGCUGGCGGUAAUUGUGAAGCUACUCAGCCGGGAAAGCUGGUGGACUACAAAGGAGUAUCCGUUAUAGGAUACACCGAUCUUCCAUCCCGUCUACCCACCCAGUCGUCAACUCUGUACUCCAACAACGUCACCAAAUUUCUGCUUUCGCUCACCCCAAAAGACAAGAAGGAGAAGUACUACGAUGUCGAUCUCACUGACGAAGUCACUCGCGGAGCCAUUGUCACCUACAACGGCAAAAUUCUUCCUCCAGCUCCACGUCCGGCCCCUCCACCAGUUCAAGCCAAGCCUGCACCUUCACCCGCCGAUCAAGUCGCGAACGCUGUUGCCCUGACACCAUGGCAAGUACAGUCUCGACAGGUAGCUAGUGUAACGGCUGGAAUGACUGCUGCUCUCACUCUGGGCAAAUUCACGGGCCCAGUUUUCAUUAUGUAUCUCUCUUACUACGCCUUGGCUGCGCAGCGAUUAGAGCCGUUCUAG